GAUAAGAAGUAACCAAAAGUCAGAGGAAAAUAAACUUAUUAUACUAGCACCUUCUCAUUCACAUGAGAUGAGAUGUGUAUAAUGAUAAUACUCCAUUGAAAAACUUCUAAGAACUAAAAUCAACAUGGUAUCCAAUUGUCUCAACCUCCGUGUCUCUUCUUCUCAUCCCAAUAUUUUUCUUGCAAAUUCAAAAAAUCCAAAGCUUUCUAAGUCAAACUCUCUCACUCUUUCACCAUCAACAAAACUAAACAAGACCAAUCAUGUCCUAAACCAUUCCAUGUCUUAUAAUGUAUCUAUGAGAUAUUCCAAUUCUAAAGUCCAUUUUUCUUCACCAAAGUUUGAGAUAGAGCCUGAUCCUACACUUAUCAAUGAUGAUCUUAAGCCAACUACACCUAGCCAAAGGACAUUUUCAGGGUUAGAGAUGGCUAGUCUUUGGGUAGGACUUGUUGUGGGAGUCCCUUCUUACUACCUUGCUGGUAGCCUUGUUGAUCUUGGGAUGGCUUGGUGGCAAGGCAUAGCAACUGUGGUUGCAGCCAACAUGAUCCUUUUUGUUCCCUUGGUCCUCACUGGUCAUCCAGGUACUCGUUAUGGCAUAUCAUUUCCGGUUCUUGCUAGAUCGUCUUUUGGCAUCCAUGGUGCUCAUAUUCCCACCCUUUUAAGAGCCUUAGUUGGUUGUGGUUGGUAUGGAAUUGAAACAUGGAUUGGUGGUGAGACAAUUUUCCUUCUCUUACCAAACUCAAUAAAACAAAGUACAUUCUCUAAAUCUCUACCUUGGCUUGGAACUUCCCCAUUAGAAUUUUUUUGCUUCCUAAUUUUCAUGUUAGCUCAAUUAUCAAUUGUGUGGAAAGGAAUUGAUGGGAUUAGAGAGCUUGAAAAAUACUCAGCUCCAAUACUCAUUCUACUCACUUCACUCCUCUUGAUUUGGUCUUAUGUUAAUGCUAAUGGCUUUGGCCACAUGCUCUCAUUAUCCUCUAAACUCUCAAAUUCACAAUUUUGGUCAUUAUUUUUCCCUUCUCUAACUGCUAAUAUAAGUUUUUGGGCUGCUUUAGCUCUUAACAUUCCGGAUUUUACACGAUAUGCUAAGAGCCAAAACGAUCAAAUUAUCGGUCAAGCCGGUCUACCUAUUUUUAUGGGAGCAUUCACAUUUGUUGGUAUAGUAGUAACAUCAUCAACAAAAAUUAUAUUUGGUCAUGUUAUUUCCAACCCAAUUCAACUACUCGGUAAAAUCGGUGGAUUUGUAACUACAAUAUUAGCAAUACUUGGUAUAAGCUUAGCUACAAUCACAACCAAUAUUGCUGCUAAUGUUGUAGCACCUGCAAAUGCUCUUGUAAAUCUUAGUCCUAUGUUGUUCACUUUUCGAAGAGGCGCAAUACUAACAGCUUUUCUUGGAAUUGUUUUUCAACCUUGGAAGCUUCUUAAAUCAAGUGAAAGCUUUGUUUAUACUUGGCUAGUUGGUUAUUCUGCAUUGAUGGGUCCUAUUGGAGGAAUUAUACUAGUUGAUUAUUAUCUUGUGAAGAAAACUAAUUUAAGUGUUGAAGAUUUGUAUUCAAGAAAUCCUUAUGGUGCUUACUAUUACUCUAGAGGAUUUAAUGUGGCAGCAAUUUUGGCUCUAGUUGUAGGAAUCAUACCUGUGAUUCCUGGUUUUUUGCAUAAAGUUGGAAUGUUAGAAUCAGUUUCUGAAACUUUUGUAGUAAUAUAUAAUAAUGCUUGGUUUGUUAGCUUCUUUUCUGCAGGGUUGAUUUAUUGGAUUACGUCGAGUUUGAGAUCGAAACCAGAUGAAUCUGCUGCUGUUGGAGACAGCCUUUUGCAUAAUCCUAAGUAGCAAAAACUUAGGAAAUUAUUUUUUUAUGCUGUAUGGUAUUGGAAUUAUGAAAGAUAUUGAUGUUAUAUAUCGAUCAUUUAUAAACUUAA